AUGUCAUCCACCAACGCCCCUCCUCCUCCUGAAACUUUCACCAUCACCGCCCCGCCCAACUCCGACAUCUGGGCCUCUCCGCCAUCCACCCACCGCUUCAAUGCGCCGCUCGCGCACGUCUCACGCGCCCCGCUCCAAGCCUUCACCCGCGCCGGCCUGACGCUCUCUCUUCCCCCGCAGGAGAGCCUUAUCCAAUACGACCAGGGCGGCAUCCUCCUCGCCAUAACACGCCCAGGCGAGCAGCAACCGAGUGAUGCCAAGCGCUGGCUGAAGACGGGCAUCGAGAUGUGCGAUGGCGAGCCGUGGUUGACGGCCGUGGGGUGCGAUCGGUGGAGCGACUUGAGCAUGGUGCCGCUGGCCUGGGGCGGUAGCGUAGACGAAGGAAAGGGGAGGGGACCGACGGCGAGGGUGGAGGUGGAGAGGGUGAAGGACGCGUUGUGGGUGUAUUGGGUUACCGAGGGGAAGGACGGAGAGAACGGGAGGAGGGUGCCGAUCAGGGAACUCAGCUGGUUUUUCUCACACGAGGAGAUAGCGGGAGAGGCAUGGGAGGUCAGUGUGUCGGCGUACGCGGUUAGGCCGUUGAAGAAUGAGAAGGAUGAGGAUGAGGCUUUGAAUGUGGAGUUUAGGCGGUUUGAGGUGGAAUGGUCGUGA